GUAGAAUAUACAAUUAUGUCUUCAUCUCAGCUGUUCAUCUCUGACGAUCUCAUUGCUGAGGUAUUAUCUCUUCUCAAAGUGAAAUCAGUUCUUCGAUUCAGAUGUGUUAACAAGCAUUGGGAUACUCUCAUUUCCGAUCCCACUUUUGUGAAAUUGCAUCUGGAGAAAUCAGCAAAACAAAAUCCUCACUUCUUACUCAUCACUGAACAUAUAACACAUAUCCCAGGUGAGUCACCCAAUGGCAGUGAUGAUAAAAGUGAGUAUGAAUGCGGUGUCAUUCCCUACUCUGUAAGCAGCUUACUCGAGAAUCCCUCGUUCGACCUUUCCGUCGACUCUUACUACUUGAUGCAACACAAAGGAUGCUCUAAAAUAGUUGGUUCCUACAAUGGAUUGAUCUGUUUAAGUGGUGAAUCAUACGGCCGCGAGUAUUAUGAGUGUUGGUUCCGAUUAUGGAACCCAGCCACCAAGGCAACAUCGCCAAAAUUAGGGUUCUUACGCUUAUUUCACAAUCGUCCCGGCUGCGCUGCCGAUAAUGGCUAUUUCAAUUUUACCUUUGGUUAUGAUAACUCUACAGGCACUUAUAAGAUAUUUGCCUCACGUUACGUUUUUCGUAAAAGGAGAAGCGAGGUCAGAAUUCUAUGUUUGGGUGAUGAUGUUUGGAGAGAUAUUCAAACUUUCCCUGUUGAGCCCUUGUGCUUGUCCUCUUGUCAAACUGGUGUGUCUUUCAAAAGCACUAUUAACUGGUUGGCCAUUAAUAAUAUAAUUUACUACAGCUGUAAUACUUAUAAGGAUAUUACUAUUGAUCAAUUUUUGAUUGUUUCGUUUGAUUUGAGCACAGAGACAUACAAUCAGUACUCAUUGCCUCCUGAGUUUGAUCAAGUUCCACCUAGAGCUCCAAUUAUUGGUGUGUUGGGAGACUCUCUUUGUUUUUCUUACCGUUAUAAGGAAACCGAUCUAAUUAUAUGGCAGAUGAAGAAAUUUGGGGUCGAAGAUUCUUGGUCUCAAUUUCUUAAAAUUAGUUGUCACUCUCUUCAAAUUCAUUAUGACUAUACUGAAUAUAUGAAGUUUUUUUUUAAAUUGGUUCCACUAUUUCUUUCUAAGGAUGGUGAUACACUGAUACUUAAAUGCUUUCAAGAAGACCAAGAAAUUCUCUAUAAUUGGAGAAAUAAUACAGUAGUGCGAACAAAAAUUUCUGCAAGUACAACAACUACUGAUGACAGAACUGUUCAUUAUGUCUCUUGCACAGCCAAUGACCAUAUUGAAAGCUUAGUUUCAGUUUUUCUGAAAAAUUAGGAGGAUCACCGAGACCUAAUACAAUGUGGAAAUUAAGAGCUUAGAAGAAGAGCAGUGUCUAGGGAGGAUGAAUUCAAAGGAACAUGGUUUGAAUUAGUUUGGAUUUUAGAAUGAAAUUUGUCCAGGUUUUUGGAACAUGAUUUGUUAAUGUACUUUGUUAUAAACCUUUUAUUUUUAACUAUGUUGAUUUGGAUAGGGAAAUACCUCAUUGGACACUUUCAUUUGUUGGAUUUUCAUCUUGCUUUUUAUAUUCAAAAAUUUCAGUUAGGUGCAUUCGGUUGUUUAUGUUUGAAUUAGUUGGGAGAGACUACAUAAUGUUGGCUUUUCUAUUUCAGCAACAAUUUGUCUUUCUUGUAACCAACUUUGAAGGCAUUUAUUCUCAGAGUAUUGUGACAAUAGUAAUCCAUCAGUGCUAUUAAGAUAGAUGAAUCACCAACACCACAUGACUCACCACCGUCAACAACACCAUCAAAGUCAAGUUUGGCUACAGGAAGGAAAGAAAAGGUAGUGAAAAUAAAGAGAUUGGCGUCGGCGUCGAGAUCUGGUGGGUGGCAUCAAAGAUCGAUGUAUGUAAUGCAAUGACUCAAAUUGAUAUGGAAGAUAUUUAAGCUAAGCCUCAUAAAGUUAUUGGUUGAUUUUAAUUCAUUGUCAUGGAAAAUCUCAAUAGUUUCUAGUCUAACUUGCAGGCAUAUAAAGGUUGGUUGAGUGAUUGCUAUCAUGAGAUUAAAAGUUUCAGAUUUCAUGAAUUUAAUGAUGUUUCUUUAACUAUAUAUAUGUAUGUUUUGGUUGGUUUAUAAGUGUUUAAUCUUGUAUUCCUUAAUGUUUAACCUCGUAUUCUUUCAUUUUGUUUAACGAUUCCUUAAUUUUGAUGUAAUUUUCUGUGACACUUGAAGAUGCUGUGCCAAUUUAAGUUAUCAAAACAUAGGAGACACCAGGUUAGCAGUUGAACUCGUUGUCAAAAUGAUCUUUAGUAGGAAACUUGAUGCUUAGAGCAUAAGCAAAGUAUAUGUAUAAAAUAGUUGAAUUAUAUUCUUGUGAAUCUUGUAGUCACAUAGAUAAUUCGUUAAUUUUAUUGAGCCUACGACUUUAGGUUUGAUUUUGAUACCUCGGGUGUGUGUUCUGUUUUAAAUAUAGGUGAAUAGGUUGGUUAACAGUUGUCGAUUUCGAUUGGCUUCCGAUUAUAAGAACAUUAUUGUAGUGACUCCCUUUAGCGUUGCACCACUAGUUUUUGUUUGCUUCCUGAGAUUAGUGACAUAAAUAGGUUCUCGUGGAAGUGUGUGUGAUGAGUUGUUGAUUGGUCUAAUGUUCUUAUCAGUUUGCUUAACUGAUUUCCAACAAUAGUCCAGUGCAACAGUAGACAUUGUGGCACAUGCAUAAUGCAAACACACCUUAUUUGCUGCAUAGGCAAUUUCAUAUAUAUCAGAUAGCAUAACUAAAAUGGAUCUGUAGGUUGCAGGUUCAUCAAAUCCAACUAAUUUGAACAAAACUUGAACUGUUGGACAUUGAAAUUAGCAAGCAUUAGGCAAACAGGCAGAUGUGCGUUUUUUUCAGCAACCAUAUUUGUUGUUGAAAUCCAAAAAAGCAGAGAAAUUUUUGGUCAAGUCUAUUAUAUCUUAGUUAUGCAUGCAUAAGAUUUAUCACUACUCACUAGACCCUUCUUUGUGUAUUUGAAUCACUAGACCCUUCUUUGUGUAUUUGAAUUCUGUUGGUCAAUUGUUUUCUCUUGUAAGGGUUGAGUACCCCUAGUACUCUCUUUUAAUACAAGAGUUAUUUAUGGAAAAAAAACUUGUGUAUUUGAAUUUUGUUGGUCAAUUGUUUUCUCUUGUAAGGGUUGAGUACCCUAAUACUCUCUUUUAAUACCAGAGUUAUUUAUGAAAAAAAACUAGGCCCUUCUCUUUUAAUACAAGAGUUAUUUAUGGAAAAAAACUAGGCCCUUGUAGAUAGAAAAAACAAUCAUGGCGUCGCAGUGGUGACGCUCCUUAUUGUCGGUAUGUCACAAUCAUUAUCAAACAACGCAAGUAAUCUGUUAAACCUUUAGGCUAUGUUUGAAAGUUUGGAGGGGGAGGAAAA